AUGGUUAGGCGGCUGUUGGUGGUGCUUUUCCUGAUUCAGGUUGCUUUGGCAACCGAUGACUGCACGGGAACCGCCGGCGGUGCCAACGCUGAUCAAUGUGCUGCUGGCCAGUGCAAACAGUUGGACGGGGGUGGCAUCAUGUACGAAUGCUUCUGCUCGAGCUGCACCAACGUUACAAAUGCUUGUGCUACUACGACAAAGGCGGUAUUU